AGACGUGUAGAGAUUCUAACAUCAUAUAAUUUGGGUAUUGAUUUGAUGUCUGACAGAGUUUCAUAUAUGCAGGAGAAGAUUAAAUCUAGUUAGUGUAGAUGAAAGCCAUUUAAUAAUGUACAUUUGCAUGCUAGCCCCUUUAAAUCAAGAAAGGUAAUCAAAGUUUUAUUCCAGGUGGGGAAGGGGGGCAGUAGUGCCUCCUGGUUUCACAAGCCAGAGGCAGUUUAGGAUGGCCUCACCUUGUUUAGAUCAGUGGUGCCCAGCCCUUUUGAUCUGUGUCUCCCUAGCAGUUUCCCCACCCAGGAUGAGGAGAGGGCCCCCCACACACUGCUGACACAUAGUCAGCAGCUUCAGCUGUUGUAUAUCCCUGUGACAUCCCCCUCCUGUAAUGUCACAGGCCAGAAAAUGCUAUGGCCUGUGGCAAGUCUGCUGCAGUGCCUUCUCUUAGGGGAACCAGCAGCAGCCUGGUGACUUCCCGCCAUCACAGACCCGUCCCUGUCCCUAUUUGCCAGGCCUGCCCACUACCACAGCUGCCAGCUGUAAUUUUCAUUACUAAAGCAGGGGGAACUCUCCCAUCCAGCCAGCAUUUUACUGCCCACAACACUUUGCUGAGACAAAACUUUCCUAAGUAGUUCCCUUUCACUUUUACCUCGGGACCAGUUGGAAGAACCACAGGGCCUUGGCAGGCCUGGCCUGUGGGUGAAGCUGCUGCAGCCUCCAUGCCUGUGGAGCUGCCAUGGCUCCUCUGCAUCCCUCCCAGCCCUGCUGCCUGUUUUAGCCCUAUUUUAGGUGGGGAGGCUGCAGCAAGCAGAGUGAUGCAGGGCUGUGCCGCACUCUGGGCAGGCCUCCUGCCUCCCAUCAGCCCCAUGGAGCUUUCCCCACCAGCCAUGGGAGCUCACCCUCCCUGAUGGGUGGGAGAUAGCCCACGCAGGGCUCCCUCAACCCCUGCUUUCUGGAAAACCCUGAAUGCAACCACGAAAGCACUUCCCACCACAGAGCAGGGCAGACAUGGCCACCCCCUCCUCCCCAAGCCACCCCUCAGGGAAGGCACGCUCUUCCUUAGGGUGUUUGUGCUGUCAGUUAAGGAUGAGGAAAAAGAAAAUAAUAGAGCAUCGAAACCACACUCAACUCCAGCUACCCUGCAAUGUUUUCUCUGUUUGAUAUUUGCUUUUUAAGGCUGGAGGAGAACUAUGAGAUUGCAGAAGGUGUUUGCAUUCCUCGAAGUGCUCUCUACAUGCAUUACUUGGACUUCUGUGAGAAAAAUGACACGCAACCUGUUAAUGCCGCCAGCUUUGGGAAGAUAAUAAGGCAACAGUUUCCACAGCUAACGACAAGGAGACUUGGAACCAGAGGCCAAUCAAAGUACCACUAUUAUGGAAUUGCAGUGAAAGAAAACUCCCAGUAUUAUGAUGUGAUGUAUUCUAAAAAAGGAGCAGCCUGGGUCAACGAAACGGGAAAAAAAGAAGUGACCAAACAGACAGUGGCGUAUUCACCACGAUCCAAACUGGGAACAUUACUGCCAGAGUUUCCAAAUGUCAAAGAUCUAAAUCUGCCAGCCAGUCUGCCAGAGGAGAAGGUUUCUACCUUUAUUAUGAUGUAUAGAACUCACUGUCAGAGGAUACUAGACACUGUAAUAAGAGCAAACUUUGAUGAGGUUCAAAGUUUUCUUCUGCACUUUUGGCAAGGGAUGCCUCCUCAUAUGCUGCCUGUAUUGGGUUCUUCAACUGUAGUGAAUAUAGUGGGAGUUUGUGACUCGAUUCUGUACAAAGCAAUUUCUGGGGUUUUGAUGCCAACGGUACUGCAAGCAUUACCCGACAGUUUGACGCAGGUGAUCCGAAAGUUUGCAAAGCAACUGGAUGAGUGGCUGAAAGUAGCUCUUCAUGACUUGCCAGAAAACCUACGAAAUAUCAAAUUUGAAUUGUCCAGAAGAUUCUCACAAAUACUCCGGCGACAGACGUCACUAAAUCAUCUCUGCCAAGCAUCAAGAACAGUGAUCCACAGUGCAGACAUCACGUUUCAAAUGCUGGAAGACUGGAGGAACGUGGAUCUGAACAGCAUUACCAAACAAACCCUCUAUACUAUGGAAGACUCACGGGAGGAACACAGAAAACUCAUCAUACAAUUGUAUCAGGAGUUUGAUCACCUUCUGGAGGAGCAGUCCCCCAUUGAGUCGUACAUUGAGUGGCUGGAUUCCAUGGUGGACAGAUGUGUUGUAAAGGUAGCUGCCAAGAGACAAGGCUCUUUGAAGAAAGUAGCUCAGCAGUUCCUCCUGAUGUGGUCCUGUUUUGGCACUCGAGUGAUUCGGGACAUGACUUUGCACAGUGCACCCAGCUUUGGGUCUUUUCACCUUAUUCACUUGAUGUUUGAUGACUACGUAUUGUACCUGCUAGAAUCACUCCAUUGUCAGGAGAGAGCUAAUGAGCUAAUGAGGGCAAUGAAAGGAGAAGGAAGCACAGCAGAAAUACGAGAAGAAAUUAUUCUGAGUGAACCAGCUCCUCCAACUCCCUCCCCCGUGCCGUUCUCCCCAGCUAAAUCUGUCACCUCUGUGGAAGUGCCCUCUGCCCCCUCGCCUGUCAGCAAUCAGUCCCCAGAGUAUGGUGGCAUAGCAGCUACAACAGGGGCUAUGCAAUCCUAUACGUGGUCACUAACCUACACUGUGACAACAGCUGCUGGGUCGCCUGCUGAAAACACCCAACAGCUGCCCUGCAUGCGAAGUCCACACGUACCAUCGUCAUCUGUCACACACCGGAUACCUGUUUAUCCCCACCGAGAAGAACAUGGGUACACAGGAAGUUACAACUAUGGUAGCUAUAGCAACCAGCAUCCCCAUCCAAUGCAGAGUCAAUAUCCAUCUUUACCGCAUGAUACUGCUAUUUCUGGACCACUUCAUUACUCGGCUUACCACAGAAGCUCUUCACAGUACCCUUUCAACAGCCCAACAUCAAGGAUGGAGCCCUGUUUGAUGAGCAGUACUCCGAGGCUGCAUCCCACACCAGUGACUCCUCGCUGGCCAGAGGUGCCGGCCGCGAACUCCUGCUACACGAGCCCAUCCAUGCACUCCACGAGAUACGGAAAUUCUAGUGACAUGUACACCCCCUUGACUACGCGCAGAAAUUCUGAAUAUGAGCACAUGCAACACUUUCCCGGCUUUGCCUACAUCAAUGGGGAAGCCACCACAGGUUGGGCUAAAUGAAAACGACUGGUAUCAGUUAAGCCCAUAUACUUAAAAGAGUUAUAAAAACUUGAUGUUAUGUGGGACUUUACAUGGAUGUUCCUGAAGGGAGGGGAAGAUGGAAAAGAUCCUGGGCGGAUAAAUGUAGUUCAUAACGUGGGCAGAUUGCAGACCAGUAUGACUGAACAUUCCUGUAGCCGAAAAAGAUUGAUGUGCUAUUCUAGACAACUUUUUAGGCCAAUCUGUGCCUUUUUUAAUUUGGGCAUGUGGGCCAACCCUGUGUGAUGUCAAUGUCAGUGAGCCAUUUUCCCCCCUCUCUUAUUGACAAAUGUUAAUGAGUCUUACAAAAAAAGUACUGGAAUGGAAUCUAUUUAUAAUUUGUGUUAAAGACAGGAAGCCCACUCUCAGCAAAACUCUGGCAUCUGUUCUUUUAAGCUUUUAAUGCAUUUCUUAAAAACCAUUCUGCCAUGUCAUCCACUUGUUCGUAUCAGUUCCUCCAUCUGGCUCCUUAAAAGACGUGUUGUGUAGAUUUCAGUUUACACCUAACUUUGUAUAUUGAUGCACCUUUCUGUUGAUCCAGUAAGUUUGAUCUUUACAAAAGAGAAGAAAAGACAUGUAGCAUUGAAUUAUACACUGCCUUAAUUUGACUAUUGUCCUUAUUGUAUAUGUAUUUGUGUUAAGUUUGCACAAUCCGGAAAAAUCUAACUUCUCUGGUCAGUAAUGACAAGGUUAAGAAGGGACUUGGGGACUGGGAAGAUUUUGGAUUCAGAGCCACAUAUGUUAAAUAUGAUGAUAUGAAGCAAUUAUGUAAAAAAAAAAAAAAAAGACAAUGCAAACACAAUUAUUCAUUUAAUUACCUAUUGACAGGUAUGACAAUGUUCUCUCAAUUCCUUCAUGUGGUGAUAAUUCUAUACACUUCUACAAAAGCAAAAUUCAAAGCUGUGCCUUUGAACUUAUUCUGUACUGUGUAUGUGUGGAAAAAUGUAUUGUAUUUUGGAGAGAAUUUUUCUUAGACAUUUUCUGUCAGAUUUGUAGCUAUUUGUGAGUUUUUGUUAGAUUUUAUUAACAUAGCUUUUUCUUCUGUAUUAUAAAAUGCACCAAGCAACUAUGGUGGACCUAUUACCCUAUGGGUAAGAAAUAAAUAAAUGGAAAUAUGACAUCAGACAUUUUAGUAAUUGUUUUGUAAAUAAAAUCUUUGAUAGCACCCAGUGUGACAAUAACAAUGUUUAUGCCUAAGAUGGACAUAAGUGUUAUUUGUACAGUUGUGCAAGAUAUAUGAGGGAAUUUCACAUUC